AACCUCUAAAGACAGAAGAUCAAACGGGAUCCAUGUGGAUAUGCAUGCCAAACCCCUAGAAAUCUUUCAAACACUCGUGAAAAAUGGCUUCUUCUUCUGCUCUCUCUUCUCGUCUUUCGUGAUCAUCUUCUUAAUCUUUUCUCUCCCCUCUCCCUUCCAGUACUGCGCUCUGGAAAGCCCACAAAACCCUCAACCUUUCACUUCUCUCUCGAACCCUUCCAAAACCCACCUUCACAAAAUCCUCCUCUUCAAUUAUUACCAAAUCCUAUCACCACUCAUUUUCCCAGCCCAGACUGAGAUGCCCAUUUCAUAGUUUUGAUGAUCCUCUUACUUAACUCGGUCAAAGCCAUAUCUUGGUGGCUUUUGCUGCUUUCAGGAUUAGAUUUCAGUUUCGACAACUGGGUUACUCAUCUGCUGUCAGAUCUUCGUACCAUAGAUUUCUCUCACUUCUGCGCUGCAUUCUCUACUACUAACUUUUUCUUUGGUAGACUUCUUUGAGUUUUGACCUCGAACUUCUUGGUGGGUUCUAGGUUUCCAUUAAUUUGGAUAGCUGCUACCCUUAAUCUGCUUUGACUUUUGACGAAGAAUUGAUUUUGAAGAAACCAAUUUGAAAGCUUGCAGUGAUUGUGGCCAUAAUUCAAGUGGGUUUUCGACCCUUUUCCAUCUCCACCGGGCAAAUUCAUCUUCCAGCUGUGUAAUCAGGGUUGAUUAUACUCUUCUCUUGGUGCUGUCUGUCAAAAUGACCGGAAGUGGUCACUGUUUUGUGGAGUGGAAAGAGCAGUUUAUUUCGCAGGAGCGUGGAAAUCGUGUGGUUCACUAUUUCCUGAAGGAUUCUGCCGGAGAAUCUAUCAUUGCCGUUGUGGGAACUGAGCGGAGUGUUAGGCAUAUGUUCUAUGUGGUUGCUGAGGAGUUUGUGCAGGUUUACGGUGCUGAAAAUUCCAUUCAUGCUGGUUUCAAGUGGAGGUCAAGAAGGGAGGUUGUGGAUUGGCUUACAUCAAUGCUAUCAAAGCAGCAUGUACAGGGUGAUGGAUCCAAAACACUACAAGGUGUAGAAUCAGUAAAUGGGCUUGGUGGUCAACAUAUGCAGGGCUGUCUUUCGAAAAAUCCCAGUGGACAUGAUUCAGACAUCGUGUGGUCAGGCAUUGCAUGGACAUGUGGGAAACAACUGAAGCAUUAUCCUGCAUUCUGCAGGAAUGCCACUACAAUAGCAAUCCAAUCGUUUGUCUUUGUCAUGGCUAAAGGACAGAAUCAUUAUCUUGCUUACUUGGAAGAUAUGUAUGAAGACAAGAGGGGACAGAAAAAAGUAAAAGUGAGGUGGUUUCACCACAGUGAGGAAGUCAAGGGUGUAGUUCCUCUAAGAAAUGCUCACCCACAAGAAGUUUUUAUCACACCUUAUUCACAAGUCAUAAGUGCAGAGUGUGUUGAUGGUCCUGCCAUAGUCUUAACUCGUGAACAUUAUGAGGAAUGUUUUGCUGCUUUUCCUGAUGCUUUAUCAACGAGAAUACAUUUGUGUUUUAGGCAAUUUAGAAGCAAAAAAGUAAAGCCCUUUGAUUUGAGUAAAUUGCGUGGCUAUUUUGAUCAACCUAUUCUCUCUUGUUUGAAUUCCAAAGCCUUUCUAGGGGCUGAGCGCAUAGCCUGUGGACUAACUGAAGAAGAUGAAGUAUUGAAUCCAAGCGAGAACAUAAAGCUGGGAGCCAAGAGGACCAGAAGCAGCAGUGUGUCUGAAGCAUUUGUGACAGAUCAUUUAGGAGUUGGAGUUUCUGGUAGUCAGAUUAUGGCUUUUGACUCGUCAUACCUGAACUUAAGAUAUGGUUUGUCAGGCAAAACAUUGCUUCCCCUCAAGUGCGUAGAGUCCCACCAAUGGUAUAGCCAUCUAUUUAAGGUUGAUCAAAAGAUUGAGCUGUUGUGCCAAGAUAGUGGUAUACGGGGUUGCUGGUUCAGGUGUACAGUCUUGCAGGUGUCUCGAAAACAGAUAAAAAUACAAUAUGAUGAUGUGCAGGAUGAAGAUGAGUAUGGCAAUCUUGAGGAAUGGGUCCCAGCUUUCAAAUUGGCUGUGGCUGAUAAACUUGGCAUGAGGCGCUUAGGCCGCCCAACAAUGCGACCAGCCCCUCCUCCGAAUGAACAAACAGACCCUGCUCUCGAAGUUGGGUCUGCAGUGGAUGCAUGGUGGAGCGAUGGGUGGUGGGAAGGUGUAGUAACUAAAAUCGAUAACAAUGGUGGUGAUGUUCUGCAAAUUUACUUUCCAGGUGAAAACUUAUUUUUGGACAUGCACAAAAAGGAUGUACGGAUUUCCAGAGAUUGGGUGGGCAAUCAGUGGAUUGAUAUUCAGGCAAAACCUGACAUACUCUCAGCCAUAUCGGCUACAACUAGCCCUGAAACAAAAACAUCCAUUUCCUUGAUGAUUAACAAGGACCUGGCAUCUGAUCUUGUUGCUAUGUCUUGUGUCGAAGUUCCUACCAGUGCUAAACCUAAUACUAUUGAAGAGAGAAAACCUGAGUUUGCUCUGUUAAGUGAUUCUGAUAGCCAUCUUGAAGCCACGGAAUGUGUUGACCAUGUGAUGCCUCCAACAACAGGUUCCAUAGGCAACAAGGAUGGUUGUGAAGACAUCAAUAUCAGUCAUGGUAAAGGUGAAGUUGCAGGUGAUGAUGAAGUUCAGGGCAAUGGUCAGGUUGAAGUAGUUGGUGAUGUUAAUGACUGUGCUGACAAGAUAGACGUGGAAGUCUCGGAGACUUCUGAGAAGAAUAGUAAAGCUACAGAACUCAUGGAAGUGAUGGCAUAAGAUGUUUAAAAAGAGCUUUGACUGCAUCAUCUCUAAAUUGUCAUGGUGCUGCUGGUUAUAGCUAACGUGGAAUUGUGGAUGGUUCUCAUUUGGUGGUCAGGAUGCUUGUAAAUAAUAACAGGAGAAUCGCUGCUUCUCAACCCUUCUUACCUCCACGUCCACGUCCAUAGAUGUACAGGAACUAAGAUUUGUAAGAUUUCCGUUGUCAGUGGUUGUAUAAUUGGGAUUGGAGUUAAGAUUACUUUGGUCAGAAGCCCUCUAAUUGAUUCGGCUCCCUUGGUGGUUCAUGCUUUUGUGAUUCUCGCUUGUAAGUUGCAUCAUCUACCAAACCUUUGGCUCUUGUAAUAUCAAAAUAAUUAGUUGUUUCUA